AUGGAAACGCUAAUAAAAAGUGAAUCUGAUGCAACUCCCCAAAAUAAUGAUAAUGAUACUAAUCAGAGAGAAAAGACAAAAAAUUUUCCACAAUAUUUGGCUGCAACAGCGGCAAGUAUAACUUUAAUGGUAUCCGGAACGAAUUUAGGAUGGCCAUCGCCCGUUUUACCAAAAUUAAUGGAAACAAAUGCAACCAUUUUUGUCACUCCAGACGAAAGCACCUGGAUUGGAUCUUUGGUUGCUCUCGGUGCUAUUUUCGGACCUUUUCCAGCAGGAUUUGCCGCAGAUUUUAUGGGUAGAAAAAGAGCGUUGCUCUUAGGUGCUCUUCUUCAUAUAACAUCCUGGUGUAUUUUGACAGUCGCACAAUCAGUUUCCAUGAUUUACGCCGGUAGAUUAUUAGGUGGUAUAUCAAACGGUUGGGGAAUGUCACUUUUGCCCAUGUAUGUGGGAGAAAUAGCCACGCCAAUGACUAGAGGUGCAUUGGGAGUGAUUGGACAAAUAAUGAUCACGUCUGGGUUUUUAUAUGUCUACAUACUCGGAUCUUUGCUAUCAUUCGUUUGGCUUAAUAUAUCCUGCAGUUUGAUUCCGGUUAUUUUUUUUACUUUUUUUUUUUUCAUGCCCGAAUCCCCUUAUUACGAAUUGAUGAAAAAUAAUUCUAAAGAAGCGGAAAAAUCAUUGGCAAAACUCAGAGGGAAAAAACCGUUAGAAGUCAAAGAAGAACUUAACACAUUACAGGCUGCAGUAGACGAAUCCUUCCGGGAAACCGUACAUUGGACGAAUAUAUUUAAAAAAAGAGCAAAUAGAAAAGCUUUACUUUUAAUGUUUGGAUUAAUGAUGGCGCAGCAGUUAAGUGGCAUCAAUUGCGUUUUAUUUUACAGUGAAAUAAUUUUUGCUAAAUCGGGAAGUUCGCUGAGCCCAAGUUUGUCGACCAUAAUCGUUGGGUUUGUCAUGUUUUUAACAUCUUUUCCUACUCCAUAUUUGGUCGAACGAUUAGGAAGGCGAACGGUUUUGAUUCUUUCGAUGACUGGAAUGACAUUAUUUCUGAUCCUGAUGGGAGGAUUUUUUUGCAUGGAAUAUUUUUCUUACGAUACUUCAAAUAUAACAUGGAUUCCUUUAUUCUCCGUUUUGGGAUACAUAUCAUUUUUUAGUGCCGGUGUUGGUCCUGUACCCUGGGCUAUGAUCGGCGAAAUGUUUGCUUCAAACGUCAGAUCCUUGGGAGCAUCGUUAACAACAUCGUUUUCUUGGAUUCUGGCAUUUUUACUUACCAAAUGUUUUGGAAUAAUGCAAGAAUAUUUAGGAGACUAUUGGACUUUUUGGUUGUUUUCCGUUUUUUGUUGCAUCGGAGUAGGUUUUAUUUAUUUCUGCCUUCCGGAAACGAAAGGAAAAACAUUGGAAGAAAUACAAUGUAACGUCGUGUGA